AUGCGGGAGAUAUUGAGAAGAUCUGGACGGUAUUGGAGCCACUUUAUGAAAUUGCUGUCUCGACGUCGAGACUGGCUUCCACAACUCCUUGCAGUGGGUCGGUCAACGAUACCCACGUUGGUAUACCACGAUGAGGCCGUCGAUAGGCAGACAAUUAUAAGGCGAUACUCGGAAGCACCAAUCGUAGGGUCCUACCUGGUCUACAGAUAUUAUAACACAAUCUUGGACGUGCAAGAAGAUGGAACUUUGCAGAAGAUGUCGGUUCCGCUUUCGACCGUAUCUGGGUGGAUGUUUAAUCUGAGGACCCGUUCGUUCCAGUACGACAUCAUAACCUUGGCACCCUCAAAAAAAGGCGAAUCUCGACUGUACCUCUUUGAUCGAUUGCCACUUCCACGCGACUGCAGCCCACCGCUCGAUUCAAACGAGAUCAUCCGUACUAUUCCAGACUACCUACAAAUAGUUUCAUCAUUUGGACACCACCGCAGAGCUGCCAAAGUCCACCACCACGACAUUCUAACAUUUGGCACCGUUCUUGAUCGCACAAAAUCCGGAAUCCUCGCUUACUUUUCUUCCGCCUCGUCUCCGGUGUGGUCCUGUGAACAUCGCAUAUUUGGUACUCCCGACAUUGUUCCCAAGUAUUCACAAUCAGUCCCUUCACUAGUUGACCUCACUUUCCUGAAGAAUAACGACGAAUGGGACAUGGAUGUCCAGUUCUCAUUACGAUUACCCCCAGAAGACUGCCAGCGACUUCGGACUGCCUACCUCGUGCAGUCGUUCCCCUUCUACAAAGACCAUACCGUUGAUUUCCAUAAUUUAGUCUUUGUUGAUGACCUUGGCUUUGAACUCACAGGGACCUUCACGUCUGAUCCGUCAAGUUGUGAUCCACCGAAAUACCUACAUGUCCCGCCUCUCCCCCCCGAAUGGAUGAACAAUAUGCCCUGCCUUCGUUGGCCAAUGAAAGAUCGACCGUUUUACUGGUCGUUUGACCGUAGCGGCAGGACGGAGAUUGCAGAAGAGGAGUGGGAGUGGUAUGGACUCCCAAGCCUGAAGGUAAAGGCAUAUUUCAGGUCAAUAUGGACAGAGUGGGAGUAUAAGGCAGUUCAAGAGUAUCUUCGUUUGAAUGACUAUGACUUGGAUGGUCAACAGUUUGCCAGUGAUAAUGGGUAUCCAAUUCUAGUCAAAGGUGACCCUCGCGUGCGGCGGAAAUCACAAGUCUAA